AACAAACAAACACAACAAUAAACAGCUGUUAAUUGAGUGGAUCACAGACUGACAGUUACUGAUAGACAUCACACCAUUGGAUCCGAUAUCAACCCGAAUGGCCAUCGAAUCGCUCAAUGAAGACGAUUCUCCCCUUAUCUAUGGUCUUGAGUUUCAGGCGCGAAGUCUUUGCUCGACAUCUAAUGGCGACAGCUCUUCAUUUGUCCGAUUUUUGGUGGGAACUCAGUCACUGAAGAAUGAAAAUCAGAUCCAUUUAUUGGAGUAUUUGGAUGAAAACAAUACAUUGUCUAAAACAGUAUUCAGACAUUCAUCGGGUGAGGUAUGGCAUGUGUCUACUCAUUGCAAACACCCGAACCUCAUUAGCACUUGUUAUUCAUCACAAUCACCAACACAUGCCGGCAAAGUUGACAAUCAUUGCUCUCUUUGGACACUUCCUAUUGAUAUGUCUGCACCGCUGACUGAUGAAGAUUCUACUACUUUAUCACAAUUGAGUAAAGUUAGUGAUCUAGAAGUGACCGCAGAGGAAGGCAUUGGACGAACAUCUGUAUGGCAUCCAGAAGAUGGCCAUCAAAUCAUUAAUUUUGCUGAAAAUAAAUUGUAUUUAUGGGAUGUCGAGAGUCAUAAAAAUUUGUCGACAAUUAAUGCUGACUUUAAUGUCACCGCAAAGAGUGCAAACAAAUUCAAUAAAAUAACGACAUUUCGUUGGAGUCCUCACUCAAACUGUGGACUCAUUGGUGUCGCCAACUCUAACUACAUAUAUGCUAAAGAUUUAAGAAUUAAAAGCAGUUCCGGUGUCUAUGCGUGGACUAUACCUAACGCUCACUCACAACUGGUCAGAGACCUAGACUUCAAUCCCAACGCUCAAUACUAUCUGUCGAGUUGUGGCGAUGAUUGUGAGACUCGCUUUUGGGACGUCCGCAACACAUCAGCUCCUGUAUUAUCAGUGACUAAUCACUCGCAUUGGGUGUGGUCUGUCCGCUACAACCUAUUUCACGAUCAAUUAGUGUUAACAUCAAGUAGUGAUUCGCGAGUUGUUCUCAUGAGAGCUGUUUCAGUAGCUUCACAGCCAUUCGGACAUCUUCUCGAAGAUGAAUCGCCAGAAGAUGACAAUGGAGUGUUCAAUAAGACAUCGAUGAACACCGAUGGCAUAAUCGCCACAUUUGAAGAACACGAAGACAGUGUAUAUUCAGUUGAGUGGUCGGUAAGCGAUCCGUGGAUUUUUGCAUCGCUUAGUUAUGACGGAAGACUUGUCAUCAAUAAAGUGCCCAAAAUUGAAAAAUUCAAUAUUUUAUUUUGAUUUUAAAUUAAUAUAUAUUUCAUGAUUUUUUCAA